AUGUCUCUAUGGGCUGGAUUCACGCUAUACGUCUCACAUGACUCGUAUACGUUUAUCCCCAACAAGAGCGAGCCAGGUCGCCAGGCUAAGAAGCUUAUCAUUGACCGGCGCGCGAACGCUAUUCGUGUUGAACCCGUUGUUAUAGGCGAGGAGGUGCCCAAGUAUGAGAAGCAGUUUAUCGUGCACGGUAUCCUCGGUAUGAUCACGCUGCAUACGUGCGACUUUCUGGUUGUCAUCACGAACCGGAAGCGUGUGACCAGCAUUCUCAACUCGACUAUAUAUCUUGCCACUGAUUUUCGUUUGCUUCCUGUGCUGAGUGAUGCCAACCCGGCCAUGCUGUCUCACCCCAUUGAGAAGCAGCUGAUUGCGCUCGUGAAAGAGUCGCUGUACUCGGGUCCUCUGUACUUUAGCUACGAAUUCGACCUCACCAGCAAUAUGCAGCGCCAAAUUCAACAAAGCGCAGGCAAGCUUGGCUCGGAUGUUCCGCUCUGGAAACGUGCAGACGAUCGUUUCUUUUGGAACAUUCAUCUCCAGGAACGUCUCAUGACGCACGCUUCGACACACCCUGAAGAAGAAGUGUCGCCUUUCAUUAUGCCGGUCAUGUUUGGUUUUCUCGAGGUGAAGCUAGCCCAGGUGGACAACCGCUCGUUUGUCUUAGGCCUCAUUUCACGUCGCUCGCGCCAUCGUGCCGGUACGCGGUACUUUUCGCGUGGUGUUGAUACCAAAGGGAAUGUUGCCAAUUUCAAUGAGACAGAGCAAUUUGUACUUAUGGACCCGCCGAGCUUCCAUCAAACACACGACGUGGAAGACGUGGAAGGCCUCGUCCGCAUGAGCUUCGUGCAGACGCGCGGCAGCGUGCCAGUGUACUGGGCUGAAAUCAACAAUUUGCGCUACAAGCCUGAUCUCUUGAUUCCGGACGACAAACACUCACAGUCUGCAUUCGAAAAGCACAUGACGAAUCAGGUUUCAUGCUACGGAAAGAACUACCUUGUUAACCUAGUGAAUCAAAAAGGCUAUGAGAAACCUGUAAAGGAGGCCUAUGAAAAUGCGAUAACGAAGCUCGAUCAUCCUUUGGUGAACUACACAUACUUUGACUUCCAUCACGAAUGCAAGGGUAUGAAGUUUGAUCGUGUUUCGCUCCUCGUGGAUCACCUUGUGAAGCAGGGCCUGUCAAGUCACGACUUUUUCUCUCUUGACACCACUGGCGAUCCACGUCUGCGUCUGCAAAAGUCUACGGUGCGCACAAAUUGUAUGGACUGUCUGGACCGCACAAAUGUUGUGCAGACGACACUGGCACGCUGGGUCCUGAACGAUCAGCUGCGCUCUGUUGGUGUAUUGAAGCAAGACGACAGUGUGGAGAAUUACCCCAAGUUCAUGUACCUGUUCCGCAACAUAUGGGCGGAUCAUGCGGACGUGAUCAGUAAGGCAUAUUCCGGUACGGGUGCUCUCAAGACAGACUUUACACGCACAGGUAAACGCACGACGGAAGGCAUUCUACAGGAUGGUGUCAACUCACUCACACGCUAUGUGAAGAACAACUUCUUUGACGGCAAGCGACAGGAUGCCUACGAUCUUAUCACGGGUGCAUGGGAUCCAAAGAUAUAUGUGCCACGAGAAGACACGCGUGCUUGGAAUGUGCGCCUUAUGCCAUGGAUCAUGUACCUUAGCCUAUUCUUCCUUCUUGCAUCUUUGUUCUUGCCAAACGGCAAUUCUGCGCGCCCAUACCGUCUCGAAGUGGGUUUUGUCCCUGUCUUUUCGAUGAUAUGGAUUCUUGUGGCCUUUUUCUCCUUGUGUUUCAUCUGGCAGCACGGCAUGCAGUACGUUGGUUGGCCCAAGCUGAACCGUCCUGAGGAACUCAUGUACUACAAUGGACCGGGCUACUAUUCCGGACUAAAUGGUCGCGCUGGCACACCGACUGAUCCCGAGGUCCUCAAGAAACAACAAUCAGCGGCCAAGAAAUUGGAAUAA